CCUACCCCCACCCUGCGCGUCAUGGUUCAGGCCAAGUAUAAAAGGUUCGAAGGCCCUGCGCUCACUUGCGGCUGAGAACGCCAGUGCGUGCCUUCGCUUGUCCGCGUGUCUGCUCUUGCCUGCGCAGUCAUGGCCUCCGGCAAUGCGCACAUCGGAAAGCCCGCCCCUGACUUCACAGCCACCGCGGUGGUGGAUGGCGCGUUCAAGGAGGUCAAGCUUUCGGACUACAGAGGGAAGUACGUGGUCCUCUUUUUCUACCCACUGGACUUCACUUUUGUGUGCCCCACGGAGAUCAUCGCUUUCAGUGAGCAUGCAGAAGACUUCCGCAAGCUGGGGUGCGAGGUGCUGGGAGUCUCCGUGGACUCUCAGUUCACCCACCUGGCCUGGAUCAACACCCCCCGGAAGGAGGGAGGCUUGGGCCCUCUGAACAUCCCCCUGCUUGCUGAUGUGACCAGAAACUUGUCUCAUAAUUACGGCGUGUUGAAAAAUGAUGAGGGCAUCGCCUACAGGGGCCUCUUCAUCAUCGAUGGUAAGGGUGUCCUUCGCCAGAUCACAGUUAAUGAUUUGCCUGUGGGGCGCUCCGUGGAUGAGGCCCUGCGCCUGGUCCAGGCCUUCCAGUACACGGAUGAGCAUGGGGAAGUCUGUCCCGCUGGUUGGAAGCCUGGCAGCGACACCAUCAAGCCCAAUGUGGAUGACAGCAAAGAAUACUUCUCCAAACACAACUAGGCUGGCAGACGGGUAGUGAGCUUCUGUUGGAUCCCACCUGUACCCCCAUUUGGGUGCCCGGUGCUGGCCAAGGAAAGGCCAGACCUGCCCCUCCAAGCUUGGUAGUCUGGGGGAGAGAUGGAGGCUAGGCUAAGGCUUUCUCAACCCUCUCCUGGAAUCUGGUGAAUAGUGACCCCCUCUCUGGAGCCCACCCAGCUGGACAUAGGUCUAUAGGUGACCCAAUAAAGUAUUAGGGACAGA